AUGUCGAACUUCGACGACGACUCGACCUCGUACGGAAGGACCCCGACAACACCUCCUUGGAGCAACGUCGCUGAAUCUCUUCCCGACGGGUAUACUGCUACUGCUGCUGCUGAUAGUAGUGGUGGUACCGAUCUGCGAGGUAGUCUUCGAUGUGAUAAUAACUCCUCGGUUCCAUCGCCGGGCGGUACCUUUAUCAUUCGUGCGGUUGCAUCGGGGAAAGUGCUUACGCUUGUGAACGGGGGGGUGGAAGUGGCUUCGCCUGGCCCCCGCGGCUCCAUCUACUGGGACUGCGAGCAGACCAAGGGCUGGCUCGGCUUCCGCAAUGCCGUGUCGGGCAACAUCCUCGGCCACGACAAGCACGGUCGGCUCGGAUGCCAGAUGCCCGCGCACCAGCACUGGGGGAACUUCUGCGUGCGGCCUGCACCUGGCGGGGUCGGCUACCUCCUGCUCAUGACGCACUGGGAUAGCCUCUGGUGUGUGGGCUUUCAGCAGCACGAGGGCCGGGAGAUGCUGGCGAAGCUUGGCGAGGAUAUGGCGGAUGCGGUCGUUUGGGACUUUGUGAGGGUGUGA